UCCCACUGUUGUCAGGGACGCGAAUGAAUUUUACUUAAAAAUCUCUCUUGAAGUCCGAAUUACUUUUGUGAAAAUGGCGAAAGAGCCAAUGAACCCUUCUGACUUUGAAAGACUUGUUUGUAAAAUACGACAGGAGACUGAUUCACAUGUGAAAAAACUGCAGAUUUUAUUUUCAUCACGGGGCUAUUUUAAUGCAGAGCAGGCUGGAAGAAUACUUAGUGAGCUUCCAAGACCAGCUGAUAAAGUAGCAGCUCUACGAAUGCUUGAAUCUAGAUUAUGUCGGAUGACAUGCAGAGAGGCUCGCAAAAUUAUUGAAGCUAUAAGCAUUCAUAAUGAUAGGCUAAUUGCUCUUGAUUGUGUUAAAAGAGUCCUGACUGACAGUCAAACCACCUUAGGGGAGGAAUAUUCUCUCAGUACCAUGAUCUAUGAAAAUGAUAAGUCCAGGGCUAGAGCCAUUCAACAGACUGUGAGAUCAGAUGUAGCUGAUCACAUUGCAGCCGGUGGUCACCAAGGUUACGCACCAUUUGGCACUCUAUAUUCACAAGCGAGACCUCUCCUAUACAACUUGUAUGGAGAUCUUGAAAAACAAACAGAGGGUGCCCCUGGUCAUGGCAAGAUUCAUGUGCUUCCUACUGCUGAUCCAGGGCUGGUCCCCUCACUCUACACCGGACAUCCCUCCUAUGCGUAUCCAGCUGAUAUUGCCUAUGCUGACGUGCGAUCCUACCCAGGAACAUCUGGAUUCCCCGCUAACAUCACGGCAACAACUAAUUAUCCUGGUGGUGCUCCUCCCCUCGGCAACCACAGUGGUGCACCAGCCCCUACAGGAUUUCAAAACUUAGAAGAGGCGCGCAUUGCUUAUUAAACAACUAAAUCUUUCAAGGAAUAAAAACAUUACAGUACAGAGUAAUGUUUUGUCCACUGAACAUUAUCAUUGAAGCUUUAAAUGUUUAAGUUGCUGCAGUCUACUAAGAUAGGUGAAAUUAAUACAACUUGCCAAAUAUUACAGUACGUGUUUUGGUUGUGUAGAGUAAAUUACUGCAACAUGAGUACCAUUAAUUGAAUAAUAUAUUAUUGCUUUUUUAUCAUGUCAAAAUUAUCUCAACAUGUUGAAUGGAAUUACUUAAUUUGUAUUCCUCUGUUAUUUUACAAACAUGAUUUGUCUUUCCUUUAAUAACCCCUAAUAUGCUGUAAUAUUUGAAGUAUAGAUCUUGAUCAACAGACAUUUUGUUCAAAAUUGUACAUAACAUUAUUAGACACUACAAGAAGCUUUGUGAAAAAUUGUACAAUAGAGAAACAUCUUUCCAAAGUUAUCAGUUACUCAUUGUGUAAAGUUGAUACACACUGAAACAUUAAACUGGAAACACUGAAUCCUAGCUAUAGUAUUGUUACAUUUGAAAAUAAAGUGCACAAUAUGUAUGAA